GGCAAGUAAAGAAAAGGAAAAUUCCAUUUGGAGGAGAAGAAGAAGAAGUCUUAGCUGACACUCUUUCUCUUCUUUUUUUUAUUUUUCCCUUCCAAUUCUCUUCCCUGCACAGGAAGAAAUUUCGGGUUCUUUCCAAAAAGCGAAACAUUCGUCAAAACACAAGCAAAGCACACCUACUCAUAACGAAUGUUUGCUCUGGCCUCCAACCCCAAGGCUUUACUUGUUUCUUCACUCCAUCACUGCUUUCUUUAGCAUUCUCCAUCUUUUUCUUAUUUUCAGUGACCACACACACCCCGCCUGCCACUGUAAUAACACCAAGAAUAUAUAGAGAGCGAGAGCAAGAGAGAAAAUAUAACUGCCCAACAAGACAAGAAAGGAUUGGAGAGAGAAAUAAAGAAUACAGAGUAGUGGGUUUUGGUUGGUGAAGCUCGAUAUGGCGUUCGCUUCUAUCUUUUGUUGUGGAAAGGACUUGAAUCGGAAAGAGAGAGGAAAGAAACAACCAACAUGGCGGAUCUUCUCCUUGAAGGAACUACAUGCAGCUACAAACAACUUCAAUUAUGAUAACAAGCUGGGAGAAGGCGGAUUUGGCAGUGUUUACUGGGGUCAGCUUUGGGAUGGAUCACAAAUUGCUGUUAAAAGGUUGAAGGUCUGGAGCAACAAAGCAGAUUUGGAAUUUGCUGUUGAGGUUGAGAUACUGGCACGUGUUCGACACAAGAAUCUGCUUAGCCUACGUGGUUAUUGUGCUGAAGGACAAGAGCGUCUCAUUGUAUAUGACUAUAUGCCUAAUUUGAGCUUGCUUUCUCAUCUUCAUGGGCAGCACUCAGCAGAGUGUCAUCUUGACUGGAAGAGGCGGAUGAAUAUUGCCAUGGGUUCUGCAGAGGGUAUUGCCUACCUUCACCACCAUGCUACCCCACAUAUCAUCCACAGAGACAUCAAAGCUAGCAAUGUGUUGCUAGAUUCAGAUUUCCAUGCACAGGUUGCUGAUUUUGGAUUUGCAAAGCUAAUCCCUGAUGGGGCAACCCAUGUAACCACAAGAGUUAAAGGUACGCUUGGCUACCUUGCCCCUGAAUAUGCUAUGCUGGGGAAGGCAUCAGAGAGCUGUGAUGUGUAUAGCUUUGGCAUUCUGUUGCUAGAGCUUGCCAGUGGCAAGAAACCCCUUGAGAAAACGAGUGGAACUGUGAAACGUACAAUUACUGAUUGGGCUCUGCCAUUGGCAUAUGAAAGGAAGUUCACUGAGCUGGCAGAUCCAAAGCUAAAUGGUAAGUUUGAGGAAGAAGAGUUGAAAAGAGUUGUUCUUGUUGCUCUCAAGUGCGCCGACAAUCGGCCUGAGACAAGACCCACAAUGCUUGACGUUGUAGAACUACUGAAAGGGGAAUCAAAGGAGAAGUUGGAUGAAUUAGAAAAGGAUGAAUUGUUUACAGCACCCCAGCCUGCUGAUUAUAAUGAUGGAGUAUCAGUUGCUGAAGACAGCUCAGACUUCAUAUCAGAGGAGAGGGAUCCGAGACAAGAAUUGAAGGAAAUUGGGCAAUAGAACACUCCUAAUAGCUUUGAUUUGCGUUUUCUUAGAUGUAAAAUUUGGUUUGGUGUACUGGGUUUUUUACUUGGAACACUAGGUGGCGCUAGCAACCCAUUUGUUAUAGUUGUCAGGAAAUGAUGGCUGCUGACUGUUGUGAAAGCACGUUAAUGGCAAUCACGCUUGUGUAUCUUCUUGAUAA